AUGAACGAAAGCGACUCGACACACGUCGCGACUAAUACCAGCUACCCAAACUCUACGGCCGCCAUCUCCUUGCACCCCAGGACUUCUAUGCCACAGCAAAACUACGUCACUCAACCGACAAUUCAACCUGCGGCGACUGGCCCUCCGUUGGCUGAUCAAGCUCCUCAGGCAACAGCCUCGCCGCUCUCCCACAUAGAAAUACGCCCUCGAAAUCCAGGAGUGCCUCUAGAAACGAACUCGAGACAGCAUAUCAGACCAGCCACUGCUAUUGGUCAUCAAGCAAAGCGCCCUCGGGUUCAAGAAGCAACAAGUCCGGGAAAUUCCAGAGACCGAAAUAUCUGUCUAAAAUGGUCCAACUCGAUCGACCACCGCAUGGCACAAGCUGCCCAUGCCGGGCUCCUGAAUGAGACAGUUGAAAAACCACGAUACAGGAUCUUGGCGGAAGCAUGCCAGAACGAAGAUUUCUUCUACAUUGCUUUUCACCAGGCACUUUGUGCUUGGUCCUUAAAUAGAGGGCCGAUUCAUGCGCUCUUCCAUGGAUUAGUGCAGCCAAACCUGCUGGAUGCUGCCUUUGACGUAGCGCAAACCAUUCUUAGGAAGAAUGAACACAUGUCCCAUGCACAUCUGCAAUGGUUUGCCAAUUUUCCCAGUACCAUUGCUGAGUUCUCAAGGGUUUUCCCCAAUACAGAAGCGGCUAGAGACAUUUCUGCAUUUCUCAUCCAACUAGCAACAACCUGGCAAUCGCUCUCACAAAAUGUUCUAGCACGAAAGUAUCCUUUGCUCGCAUACGAGCUGACAUUCGUCCUACGUUGCCGAGCCAAAGGUCUACAGUCUAUGCUGUUCACCAUGAGCCGCAGGAGCCUUGGCAUAAAUGACGGACCUGUGGCAGCUGCGAUGAACGCCAUUUUUGAUCAGGAUAGGCUGGACGAAGCUGCAUACGAGGCUCGCGUUGAGGCUCCUGAAACCCUCAAACGCGCGAGGGAGGCAAUUGCGAUGAAAUACCGGGACCUUGUUAUAUCGGCUCAACGAGCAACAUCCAGUACGUUACCCCAGAAUCCGCUUCCUAUUUCAACGAAAUACUCACUCUUCCGGCUAAAAGAUGCAGGCUCGAGUGCUCAUAUAGCUGCACAACGUGGACAUCAAUCGCUACCGCCUACAGCAACUGACCCAUCUUAUCCCGUGCAUACCGCACCUGCUUCAUCUCCUCCCCUUCCCUCACAUUUCGAUGCAUUCGCUGUUAGGCCUGUAGGCGACCCAAGGGUGGUAAGCCCAGCGUCUGUGAGUAGCCACCCGCCUUCUACAGGCAACAGUGUCAGCGGGAUCCAGGGACUACGACGACCGAAUCACCUCCACAUCCAAACUGAUACUACAACAUCGUCGCCUCAUUUUGCCACUGCCUACCAGUCUCCCCAGUUACCACAGCAUCCAUUACCUAGGUCAUCAAGCGCUGGGUCGCUCCCGAUACUGCCAAACCGCGGAUCUCCUGCCACGACUAACAACACUCCUAUCAUUCCAUCGAAUGGCCCAUCACGAACAGCUAUUUUACCGCCGAAUAACCCUUUAUUACAACGACGAGCAGCCUCGUUUGCACAUCCAUCCCAGGCGCUUCCCGCCCCUCACGGGACAUACACCGAAAACCAAGCACCGCAACACCAGCUGGCAGGAACGCCGCAAGUCUCGAGUCCAGUUUCGCAGAUGAGCCCUCAUCAUCAUGGCCAGCCUAUGCAGUCCCCGCAGUUUCAAAUGGCAUACAAUCAAUUAAACCCACCUCGCAGGGCAUCUAAUCCGCAAUAUAACAUAAUGCCAGCUCCGCCAGCUCAUGUUUAUUCCGCUCACCCGAUAGGGCCACGAAAUCCAGCAUACCAGGUACCGGUCGCUAGCUAUCCGCAUUCACUGGCCGGGCCCGUCCAGCAAAUACCGGAAGCCGAAUAUCCAGCUAGCCCGUAUGGCUAUGGCUCACUUCAAGUUGGGUUGCAGCAUGUCGGUGUACGCAGUCCCAGGCGUGUUCCCUUGAUUCCUGGCAAAACUCGACAUUAUCAAUUUGUCAGACAGCUAGUAUACCAACCUCUAGCCCUUGAGCCUCAAAGGGGACUGCGGUCUUUGUCUUUCAACGUGACAAAAGAACAGAUACAAAAGUUAGCGAAGAAAAUCGAGGGCAUUGGUCUUCCAUUUUGCUACUAUUCCGAGGGCUCUCGUCGUUACCGGCUGCGAAUGAUUGUGCAACCUGAGACACAAGCUGAACCAUGCGAGUCAGAUUGGGUGAUGUCUGCAACUUGCUGGCCUAGCCAUAUAUUUUUUGACCUGAAUUCAAAGUCCCUUGAGCUACGACGAAAACAACAUUUUCAUAAAGAUCAGCCGUUGGAGUUGACAGAUUUCUUAGUUGAGGGUGAGAACAAGAUGACCAUCAGCUAUCCUGCUGUUGAACAGAAUUCCAAGCCGGGGUAUAAGCAUUUUAUGGCGAUUGAGAUAGUGGAGACAAUGAGCCAUAAGGCGAUUACUGACCUUAUACAGUCACGGCACUUCCCAGCAGAGGAAACGAAGCACAAGAUAAUACGCCGCUUGCGUCCCUCGGAUUCAGACGACAUCAUCGUCCAGGACGAGACUCUGCCAAUCUCCUUGGCAGACCCUUUUAGUAAGCAGAGGGUUGCGGUUCCUGUCAGGGGCGGUCAAUGCAAGCACUUGGAAUGUUUUGAUCUAGAAACGUUCUUGGGGACCAGAAGUGGAAAAGAGCCUCAAAAAGGAGGCGGCCCGCAGCAACAGGGGGAAGAACCUUCGUUGGUGGACAGAUGGGGUUGUCCAAUAUGCGGACUCGAUGCACGUCCUAUCAGUCUCUUGGUGGAUGAUUAUCUCGCAGCAGUGAGGCGUUCGCUGAUCAGCAAUGGCGACACUCGGACAAGAAACAUCAAAGUGGCUCCUGAUGGAGCGUGGUCUGCAGUAUGGGAGCCGGAGGAGUCUGAUGACGAUUCACCAGCACCGCAACCUAAAGGUUCGGUUAAUGGGCAUGCUAGUAGGCAACCAAGGCCACCCCCGACACCAGUCAUCGACAUAUCGGAUGAUGAAUAG